GUUAUGGGCCCACAACGCUAGGGAGUGAGCACCUUGGGGCAAUCUUAGCUGCUGAGAAUGCCAAGGAAGCUUGGGACGCGCUGGAAAAGACCUACAAGGGCAAAAGUGCGGCUCGGAAGUUGUCCCUCCGGCAUGAGUUGAGCACCCUCAAGAUGAGGUCCGGUGAGCCCGUUGCCGGGUAUGUGGGUAGGGCACAAGACCUUUAUCGGGACUUGGUUGCCGCCGGUGUUGAGAUGAAACCGGAUGAUCUAUCCUUUACCGUGCUUGCCGGGUUGACUAGCCGGUUGGAGGGGCUGGUAACGGUGUUGACGUCGUCCAAGGAGGAGCUAGGCUCGGUGGAGGAGAUUCUUUCCACGUUGCAGGUGUUUGAGCAGAGGCAUGGGCUGUCAGGGGAGCAAGACAGUGGGGCCUCGGGCUCGGCAAGGGUGGUAGCCUAUGCUGCCAAGGGUGGCAACUUUGCGGGGAAGGGCAAGGGAGGCCCGAGGAAGGCUUCCAUGGCUUGCCACAAGUGUGGGAAGCUCGGGCACUUUGAGAGGGAGUGCAGGUCAGGGCCCCGAGAGCCCGAGAGGCCCAAGACGGGAAAGAAGUGCUACAUCU